AACGUCACAGUGGACGAGGGUUCGAUAACUCGAAGCGCCGGGCGCGUAACUGUCAUUCCAGCGUGAGCCGUGUUGCUAUAGAGAACAGGAGCAAGCACAUACGAUGGCAAACAACAGAGCAACUAAGUCCGGCUUUGCCGCUGAAGCCCAGAGGAAGAUCAACAGCAAGUACAGCGAAGAGCUUGCGCAAGAAUGCCUAGAAUGGAUCAGGGUCAUCACUGGAGAGGACAUAAAUGUGGCAGGUGAUAUGGACAACUUCUAUGACACAUUGAAGGAUGGAACUGUACUGUGCAGGCUUGUUAACCAUAUUCAGCCAGGAUCUGUGAAAAAGAUAAAUCAAAGCACAAUGGCAUUCAAAUGCAUGGAGAAUAUAAACCAGUUCCUUGAAGUUGCUCGCCAAAUGGGUGUGCCUGCCCAGGAAACAUUCCAGACAGUAGACUUGUGGGAGCGACAGAACCUUAAUUCUGUAGUCAUUUGCAUACAGUCAUUGGGAAGAAAGGCAGAGAAAUUUGGUAAACCAGGCAUUGGUCCAAAAGAAGCUGAGAAGAAUGUACGGAACUUCACGGAGGAGCAGCUGCGUGCUAGUCACAGUGUGAUAAGCCUGCAAUAUGGCAGCAACAAGGGUGCGAACCAACAUGGGAUCAACUUUGGCAACACUAGACACAUGUAGGUUGUGAAACUGUGCCCAUGGUGGUGCCUUCGACAGAUCUUCCUCAACUGUCCUGAAUGGUGGCUACUAUUGCUGCCUAAUUUUAGAGACUGUAAAAGUGGAAGCAGUUUGCAGAGCCAAAUUCUUUGCAAGAGACUAAGUGAAUUUUAGAAGCAGUCUAAACUGCACAUAAAUUGAAUUGCUUCCAUAAAUGGGGGAGGGAUAAGAUUCAUUUCCACAAUCAAUUAUAAACUGAAGCACAUUCCUCCUACUUGGAAAACUAUUUAGAAUAGUUAAAUGGCUUGUUCUGUUACUGUCUUAUUACAGCAUGUGUUCUGUAACUUAAAACAGUUAAAAUGUCUAUUUUUAACAGUCUGUUAAUUAACUAAUAUUUCUGUGUAGAUGGAAUAUUUUAUUACAAUAUGUAGAAUAUUAGCCCUUAAAUUUCUUAACAAAUAAAUGUAAUUUAUCUUAUUCAAUUAAAUACAAUAAAAAGUUUACAAUCUU